AUGUCGAUCGGUAAAAGCAUUCAAGCAUUUGAUCAUGUGACCUUAUGGGUUAGCAAUGCAUUACAAGCUUCUGCUUGGUUUUGCCUUCGUUUUGGUUUUGAACCAUUUGCAUAUCGUGGUCUUGAAACUGGUUCGCGCGACGUUGUGUCGCAUGUGAUUAAACAAAAUAAAAUAUUCUUUGUUUUCCAAUCACCAUUAUUACCUGACAAUGAGGAAUUCGGCCAACAUAUUACACGACAUGGUGAUGGAGUUAAAGAUAUUGCGUUUACUGUUGAUAAUAUUGAAGAGGUUGUUGAACAAGCUCGAGCUAAAGGCGGGAAAAUUGUUAAAGACAUUUGGACAGAAACCGAUGAACAUGGUUCAGUUAAAAUGGCUUGUAUUCAAACAUACGGUGAUACAACGCAUACAUUAGUUGAUAGAACUACUUAUUCUGGUUUAUUCUUACCUAAUUUUCAAGUACAUCCAUUGAAAAAUAAAGAUCCGUUGUUAGAAAAAUUACCUGAUGUUAAACUUGAUUUUAUUGAUCAUAUUGUCGGCAAUAUGCCUGAUAAUGAAAUGGAGAAUACAACAAAAUGGUACGAAAAUACGCUUCAAUUUCAUCGUUUUUGGUCUGUUGAUGAUAGUGUUAUGCAUACACAAUAUUCAUCACUUCGUUCGAUUGUUGUGUCGAACAAACAAGAAACAAUUAAAAUGCCAAUUAACGAGCCAGCAUCCGGCUCGAAAAAGUCACAAAUUCAAGAAUUCGUUGAUUAUUAUGGUUCAGCAGGCGUUCAACAUAUUGCAUUGAAUACAUCGGAUAUUUUAACAAGUGUGGCUAUUUUACGCGAUCGUGGAACACAAUUUUUAGCAGUACCUAAGGCUUAUUAUGUUGAUUUAAAUGAACGACUUAAACAUUCCAAAAUAAAAAUCAGUGAAGAUUUAUCAGUGAUUGAAAAAUUGAAUAUUUUGGUUGAUUAUGAUGACAAUGGAUAUCUAUUACAAAUUUUUACAAAACCGGUUGAAGAUCGUCCGACAUUAUUUUUUGAAAUAAUUCAACGUCAUAAUAAUAAUGGCUUUGGUAUUGGCAAUUUCAAAGCAUUAUUUGAAGCGAUCGAACGUGAUCAAGAAGCUCGUGGAAAUCUUUAA